UAGUUUAAAGUCUACUAAUAAUGGGUAACCAUUCGAGUGGUUUUAAUAAGACAUUUGUAACAAAUAGUGGACACAAUGUAAAAGACUCGAAGAGACCGCACUCAGUGUUGGGCAUCACUGAUGAAGACGACAAUCGAUGCAAUUUUAAGGCAGCGAUACUCCGGUCACAUAUCAGUCAAAACAAAAACAAUAAUAUUAAGGAUAUUAACGGCAAAAUUGGUGGCAAAUGCGGUCGCCCUCCAGGUAUGCAAUUACCACCAUUACCCCGAUCGCACUCAUUUCAUCAGGUGCUCAGACCCACUGAAAACGGACAGAUCUUAGCCGCUAAAGGAACCAUUAGAGGACUAGAGUUUAAUAAACCGCUGACAAACAACACGAAGUGCAGUCCGAUCGCUGACGAACUGAAAGCUAUACUAAACUCCCGGCGCUGUAAAAGUGAGACCGAUUUGGCCGUUGAUAAUAGCAGUAGUAGUCAUGACAGCAAUCACUCGGAAAGUAGUAAUUAUGAGGAAAGUAGUAAUAAAAGAAAGGAAUUCAAUGGACUCAGAAAGAGUAGUGCAAGCAAUGGUGUCAAAGCAAAAAUACAAAGACAUAAAUACAGAGCACCACAACCACCACAACCACUAAACUCCAAUAAUGGCAAUCAUAAUGGAGACCUGUCCUCCACUACUACCAUCAACAACAACAAUAACAGUAAUAGUGCUAAUCAUAAUAGUUUGUCUUCAUAUGAGUCGUCAAAUUUGACGGACAGUCAUAAGAAAAGUGCUACAACAUCAACAACAAUAUGUGAACAAAAACACAGCGAAAAGAGUUAUAACAACAAUAGGAUCUCUUGUGAAGAUUCGUCUAAAUAUUUUAUAAUACCUCGAUUGAAGCUCACCGGCCAUCCAACAGAUCCGGGUAUUAAUGGUAGUGGAAGUGCAAACAGUGGUGGAAGCCAUACAAAUAGUACCGGUGCUAAUCAUGUUAUGCCAUCAAAAUAUCAGUCACGAAACAUCAUAUUUGACUCAAAGAAUAACAAUUUUAAUGGGUUCAACUCAGCCCUCCAGACAUCACAAGCGGUCAAAACAAAUGAUUGUUCGCAAGACUACCGCAAAGUGAAGCGUUCUUCCCAUAUAAAACAAAAUCAAUUGAACGAUUAA